AUGCUCACCAACCGCCGCUCAACCCUCAUGGUCCCCGGCACCGUCAACGGGCGUCCGGCAUCCUACACGCCCGGCGCCACCGCGCCCCCGACCCUCGCCACGCUUCGCCCGGAAAACGAGCCGCACUGCACGGCGCCCGCGAUCCUGACCUCGACCAUGGCGACGCUGCCGGGGUACCGCGUGUCCCGCGUCCUCGGCGCCGUGUUCGGGAGCACGACGUACGCGCUCAAGGACACCAAGGCGUUGCUGAAAGCUAGCGCGGCCGGCGGCGAGGUCAAGAGCCUCACGCACAUCAUGUACAACGCGCGCGACCAGGCCGCCGAGCGCAUGACGCGCGACUGCGUGGCCAGGGGCGCGAAUGCGGUUGUGGGCGUCGCGUUCGAGGAGAGGGAGGUCUUGGGUUUUAUACAGGUCUCGGUUUGCGGGACCGCGGUGUAUGUCGAGAAGGAGAAGGUUCCUGAGAACCCGUUCUCGCCAUGA